GGUACGGCUGUCCUUGCCAGGCAGUAAAAGCAGCCUGGACCUUUAAGAGCAGCAGUUCCAGGAACAACUCUUCCUGGGAACUUCGGAGCAAACCAGGGCAGCAAGGCUGAGCUCGCUGGCUGAGAGGCAAAAUGAACAUUCAAGACUAUUUUGCAAGGAUUUCUUACAAUGAGUCCCAUAAGGAUGCAGACUUGCAAACCUUAACAGCCAUCUUCCAGCAUCACAUCCGGGCAAUUCCUUUUGAAAACCUCAGCAUGCAUUGUGGGGAGACCAUUGAACUGGAUUUACAAGAUACUUACAAUAAGAUUGUGAGAAAGAAACGUGGUGGAUGGUGCCUGGAAACCAACCACCUUUUAUUUUGGGCCUUGAAAGAAUUAGGGUUUGAUGUCUGUAUUCUUGGAGGAAAUAGUUAUGAACCAGCAGAGAGAGCGUAUGUUGCUGAGAUGAAUCAUAUCCUACUGAAGGUGGCGAUCAAGCGAAAUUCCUACAUAGUAGAUGCUGGAUUUGGAGGUGCCUACCAGUCGUGGCAGCCAUUGAUGUUGAUUUCUGGGAAAGAUCAGCCCCAGACCCCCGGCAUCUUCCGCUUCAUGGAAGACAAUGGCAUGUGGUACUUUGAGAAGGUCAAAAGGAAGCAUUAUAUUCCUGAGCAAAGUGAGCCUGCCACCAGUGCUCCAGAAACAGGAAAUAUCAGAAAAAUAUAUACAUUCACUCUUGAGCCACGACAUAUAAACGACUUUCAGGAGCUAAACACAAACCUACAAGUGUCUCCAGAUAACAUAUUUCAGAAGAAGUCAAUCUGCAGUCUCCAGACCCCUGAAGGGAUUUAUGCCUUAGUUGGAUGGACCUUCACUGAGGUGAAGUAUAACUACAUGGAGGAUAUGGACCUGAUGCAGAUCACAACUCUUACAGAUGAAGAGCUUGAGAAGACACUGAAAGACAAAUUCGGUAUAGUGCUGGAGAACAAACUCGCACCAGUAAAUGUUCGUGGCUUGCCACCUAAUUUAGUGGAUACGAUCUAAUCCUAACACUGUGCUAGAUCGAUCUUUAAAUAGCCAAUAUAAAAAGUUCCAACGUUAACGUUAACGGUAUUUAAUCUGAUUCUAAAGUUGAGCUAGUAAGGUGGACACAAAGCUUGGUAAAUUCAAGUACAUUGCUAAUUAACUGCAUAUACCAAUUGCGUGUUUUUUCUUAAGCUACUCCUUUAGAAACUGAGAUAUCUUGUUACCUCUAAUUUGCUCACAUGGAAAUAGCCUUUUGACUCCAUAACAUUUUGUUCCACCUCUCUGGAUCUCAUUUUAUUUCAGAUAUAUUAUGUGGCAAAGAAAACCAAAAAGUGAUACAGAAGGAGCAGCUGUGUUACCAUUUUACACAAAAGACCUCUAAUCUUUUUUUGGUAUUAUUUCCAACCUUCUUCUCAGCAGAGUUUUACGAAUUAUUCACUUCCUUUAACAGGCUGAAAUUGAAAGUUGAGCUGAAUUUGGCUUUCAGAGACUUCAUAAAAAAAAAAGAAGGGUUAAUACCUUCUCAAAACAAGCCACCAUUAGGUGCUGAUUAGCUUAUGAUGAAAUAAAUUUAAAGACUUGAGUCCUAUUCCCUUACCAGAAAUUGACUUAAAGUGAGCUAUUUAUGCAAGAGCACUUAAAAAACCCCAAAAGCUCUCUAAUUUCUCUGAUUCUGAUUUUUCUGUGUCUCUGAAACAAAAUCAAUAGAAGAUGAGAUGAUUCAAGAGUUCUUAAAAAUCAGGCUUUUGGUAGCCAAAAUGGAAACAAUCAAAGUUAGAUCAACCUUUGUAAACCGUAAUCUAAACUUCUGGGGCCUAACCUUCCUGCGAUGUCAAGCAGAGAUGACAGCAUUACAGAUAAAACUCUUCAUACUUAUUAUAAACAGUAUUCUGCACAAAAGCUACCUAAAUCAAGUAAUACUGCAGAUGAAAAAGAAAACAAUGGAAAGUCAGGACAUGCCACAGGUGUGGUUUCACAGCAUGUUAUAUAUGACACAAAAGCCUUUUACCUUUACGAUACUUGUGGCAAGUACUGUACGGGAUGUAUCAUGGAAAAGGGUGACAGAAGAGCAUCAGUCCUCGGCCAAGGAAAAGACUGACACUGUAUUAGACAACCACACAGACUCAUGGGGCACUUGAUGUGCCUAAAACUCACGUGCUUUCCCAGAUGCAGUCUGUUGUGCUCUUUGACUUUCUAAAAGGGACCUCUGACUUCCCACCUCCAUCAGAUGAAGAGCAGACAUGCUUGACAGGGAGAGGAUAAAACAAACAGCUCUGCAGCACUUUGAAGAUGCAGAAGGCCAAGUUUUAUAGAGGAAAGGCAUUACUUUGUGCAAAUAAGUAUUUGUCAUGGUAUUUGUUAGUGUGUGUGGCACCUCCAAAAUAACUCCCUGCUGCAGUUGAAGCUUUGAACAUAUCACAAAAAUUCCUUUGUGGGCAAAGAAGGGUCAUUUUGUGUAUCUGUGGAGCAUGGGAACAUGCAGGCUGCAACACUAUGGCAGUGGAGUGCACCUCCAAGGAAGCAGAGGACUAUCCACCACCACAAUGUGCUGGCUUGCGAAAUAACAAUAAUUUCAUUUUAAAAAGUUACAGAGUCAUUUGCAACUAUCUACUGCAGUUAUUUUACAUGGAAAACAAGUUCAUUCUGGUCUUGACUGCGGAAAACAUAAACAUCUAUUAAUAGAAAAGAAACAAAGUUUAAUUUGCUCAUGGAUCAGUGAAGUCCAAAAAUGUGCCUUAAUGUUGGAUGGACUCUGCCCUUUCUCAGCGUUUAAGAUUCAGGAGUGAGGGCCAGCAGAGCUUAGAAGAAGACAACCCUCACAAUUUGUACCCACUCCUGGCUUUAC